AUGUAUUUGCCGGCGCGUUUCUGCCUUCUUAGUGUGCUCUUCGCCCUGGCCGGUGGCCAGAGGAGCAAGCCGCGUCCACAGGGACGCACAUUGGGUCUGCUCUCGCCGCUGCUGUUCGGCUCCGCGGGGCCAUUGUUCGAUGCGCCAGUGGCGCCUCUGGGCGGCGUGAGUGGAGGCGGGGUGGCGGCUGGCGCGGGCAGUGGCACGCAGUCGGAUCCGCCCAACUAUGGAUUUGGCUUGGGUCUGGGCUAUCCGGGCCCGGCUCAGAGCUAUUAUGGCUAUCCGGGCUAUGGCCUCUACAGGCCCAGCUACAACUAUAACUACGGCGGCUAUCAGCGACCCGUGCAAUAUCCGGGCAACUAUUACGGCUCCAGGCCCAACUACGGCAAUUACAACAACUACAACAAUAAUUAUGGAAACAGACCUUCCUCCUACGGCAGCUACGCGACAGCCGUGCCGCCAAUCAGCGCCAAUCCGAGCGCGGGCGUGUCACCUGGUGUCGGCGCUGGCUCAGGCGCUGGAGCUGGAGCUGGAGCUGGCUCACAGCUCAGCACAGCGCAGGCAGCGCAGCUGGCUGGCCUGCUGGGCCAAGCGCUGGGCAGCAGCUUGCGACCCUUGGUGGCCAAUGGCGGCGGCGGCGCAGCCGGAGCUGCCGGAGGCGCCAAUCCGCAGGCGCUGAGCGGUCUCUUGGGCUUGUUGGGCUGA